GCUUCCUGAGUAGGAACCCAGAAUGAAUACCACCUCUCCUGAAUUAGUGAACUUUCAUCAGACACCUGCUCAAGGGACAUUUGGUGUCAUCGCUCCUAAGGACAUGGCUGAAAUCUUAGACCCUUCUGAUCCAUCUGUAUAUGAAGUAGACUAUGUUGCUGGCUAUGAAGGCAUAACGUUUCUAGAUGUAGAAAGAAAAUGUUUCCUUCCGCCGCCUGAUUUGCUUCUUGACUGUGGAAGCGAACCACAUCCAGCUCAGAUGAACUGGAAUAUUCCAACCAUUGCAGAGGAUGAUGCCAAAGAAGCAUUUAUCCAGUACGUGACAAGGAAACGUUGCUACAACAAAACCCCUGCCAGAGAAAUGGUGAUUACUGACCUACAACCAUUGAAUACCUAUAGAUAUCGCUUUGAGACCUUCACUGAAUCAAGAUCAGCAUCAUGGAAAUCAGAACCAUACUGGGGUGAGGUGAUAGAUUCUCCUCAGAAUGGUGCAGCUCCUUUGCCUUGGGCUAUAAGAGUAGAUGUUCCUGACAUGUUCAAAAACAAGACUGUGGCAAUCAAAGUACCUCACACAUCAUCUGUAACGGGAUGCCCAGUGUGCCAAUGUUCAGGUAGAAAAACAUGCACCUUGUGUUGGGGCCAGAAAACGGUCCCAUGCCUUGUGUGUCCUCGAAGAAGAUAUAAUCUCUUUACUAAUCAGACAUGCACCCUCUGUGCUGGACGUCGAAUCAUCAACUGUGAAAUAUGUCAUGGUCAGGGAACAACAGCAUGCCGUAAUUGUGGAGGAAAAGCACAGCUACUGUCAUACAUUGAGGUGCAAGUUGAAUGGAAGAAUAAUGUUUUUGAAUAUGCAGCAAAUCAAAGAUCUGGAUUUCCUACUGAACUUUUUCAGGGAGUUAAUGGAAAUACACUGUUUGUUAAUGAGCAAAAUAUGGUCUAUCCAGUUUUGGGUUUUCCUGAGAGUGCCAUCAAUCAAGUCUCCCGUACUGCUAUUGAACAACAUCAAACACAAUUUGCAUCCACAACUCGGAUAUUGAGGCAGAGGCAAACAAUUGAGCUGGUAUUUAUUUCCAAAGUCGAAUAUGAGUGGAAUGGGAAAUCCUACUCGUAUUAUGUUUAUGGAAAUGAACACAAAGUGUAUGCUGAUGAUUAUCCUAGAAAGUGUUGUUAUAACUUUCCUAUCCCAAUUCCUUAACAGUACACACAUACAGGGAUGGCCUUUGGAAUAGUCUGAAAUAAAUAUAGCAAUAUUGGAAUAGCUAGCAUUUUCAGAGCAAUAAUUUAUGUCAACAUAAAUUCCAGUGACUAUUU